CCCCCUAGAAGAAGACGAAGAAGAAGAAGCGGACCGUGUGUGCACAGUGUGUGUGUUAGCCUAGCUUAGCGGGAUGAUCUUUCUAACUUCCAGAUAACCUGCAGCCUCACCACCAUGACAGACUACGCCGAAGAGCAGAGAAAUGAACUAGAGGCGAUAGAGUCCAUCUACCCGGACUCCUUCACAGUGCUUUCAGAUGAACCCACCAGCUUCACCAUCACUGUCACAUCAGAUGCAGGAGAACAUGGGGAAACUGUGGAAGCAACACUCAAGUUCACAUAUGUAGAGAAAUACCCAGAUGAGGCUCCGCUGUGGGAGAUCCACUCCCAGGAGAACCUGGAGGACCAGGACGUGGAGGACAUCCUCACCUUACUGCAGCAGCAGGCAGAAGAAAACCUGGGCAUGGUGAUGAUCUUCACUCUGGUCACAGCUGUUCAGGAGAAACUCAACGAAAUUGUGGAUUUGAUGAAAAACAGACAAGAAGAAGAGAAGAGGCGGAAAGAGAGAGAGGCAGAGGAAGCAGAGAAGGUGGCGUUCCAGGGCACCGUGGUGACCAUUGAAAACUUCCUGGCAUGGAAAGCUGAGUUUGAGCUGGACAUGGCUGAGCUGAGGAGGAAGAAGCAGAAGGAGGAGGAGCAGGCGGGAAAAACCAAACUCACUGGUAAACAGCUGUUUGAGACAGACCACAACCUGGACACGUCAGACAUUCAGUUCCUUGAAGACGCUGGAAACAACGUUGAAGUGGAUGAGUCACUGUUCCAGGACAUUGAGGACUUGGACUUGGAUGAGGACGACCCAGACUUUGACCCUUUAGAGAUGGGCAGUGAUGAGGACUGAGGCAGGAGGAGGACUGAGGACUGACAGGACCGUGCUGCUCCUCUCUGGGACGCGAUCGCCUGACAGACACACCCAACAGCCGUGUUCGUUUUUUAAAGACUCUUAUACAAACCCAACACACCCACAUACACACCCACCAGUGUCUGUUUCUAUGCCUGACCCAUUAAAGUGACCAGAUAAAUGUC